AGUACAGUAUAUAAAGAAGCAUUGCAUUGUGUUUAUUUAAUUUUAAUUAUUAAAUUCAAAACUAGUUUUUUAUCUUGUAUUUCAUCGAGCAUCAGUAAACUUCAAAUAUUGCCAAUAUUAUUAAUAUCUUGGACAAUUAAGUAUACGAGGAUAUCGAAAUGCCAAAAGUUCGCCGUAGUCGCAAAUCGCCACCAGAAGGAUGGGAAUUGAUCGAACCCACUCUAGAAGAAUUGGAGCAAAAGAUGCGAGAAGCCGAAACAGAGCCACAUGAGGGAAAACGUAAACAAGAAUCUCUAUGGCCAAUAUUCAAAAUACACCAUCAAAAAUCUAGAUACAUAUAUGACUUGUUUUAUAGAAGGAAAGCUAUAAGCAGAGAACUUUACCAGUAUUGCUUAGAUGAAAAAAUAGCUGAUGCAAAUCUAAUCGCCAAGUGGAAGAAAACUGGUUAUGAAAAUCUAUGCUGUUUGAGAUGUAUUCAGACUAGAGACACAAAUUUUGCCACAAACUGCAUUUGUAGAGUACCAAAAAGCAAGUUGGAAGAAGGUAGGAUUGUUGAAUGUGUUCAUUGUGGGUGCAGAGGAUGUUCAGGAUAAAAAAGUAUUAUAAAAUUGUAGCAUGCAAGUUGCUGGAACUUAAUUAUGUAACACAGUUAAUCAUUUUCAUUUGAAACACAAAUACAUGUAAUUUACAUUUGCAAACAGUAUGAAUUAACAUCUAAAUCCAACUCCGACACAAUAUAAAUAUAUUAGCAAGGUUUUAAUGUCUCUAUUAAAACCUUUUUAGAGACAAUCUUCUUAGCAUUCCAUGUAUUCACAGAGUCAGGUCGUGAACUUUUAACAUCUGUUACAUUUCAGAAUUACUAGCAACUGUAUUACACAAUUAAGUCACUUUUGAUUAAAAAAAAAAUAUUGCAUUUCAUGUCAGCAUGACUAUGACUAGUUUAUAAUAAUUUAAAUUUGAUAUUUACAUUAUAGUGGCAUAAACACAAUAGCUCUAGAAACAUUUGUUGUAGAUCUAGAAAAAAUAUGUUUUCUCUUUUUGUAAUUACAAACUUGCGUAUGAUUAUUACCAAUCACAAUUAACUUAAAAUAUCUAACUGUAUG